AAUUGACCACAUUUCCUUAACUCAGGAUAGAACUAUCUUUUUGGUCGAUUAAGCUUAAAAGUUACGAAAGUUCCAAGUUCCAAGUUCGCAAGGCCAAAACUUUUCUGGACUUCAACUAAUGUAAACAAAUCGAGCUCAUAAUAAUUUGAAGGAAUCAAUAGUUCUGGCGUUUAUUUUCGAUUUAUGAAAUUCUUAAUAUUCUAACAUUUCACCUGUGAAAUUCAUACGUUUCCUACAGUGCGAAUAGAACUAUUUUUACGGACGGUUAAGUAACGGAGUUAUGAAAGCUCAAAGUUCACACCCUUUCCUUGGGGCCAUAACCUCUCUAUAAUUAUUGUCAAAACCCUUUUCAAUAAAAAUUAUAUGAGAUCAAUCCACUCGUCAAAAAAUUCCAAUCGUUAUGGAAAGAACUAUUUCCGUUAGCAUAUUAUCAAUAUUCCACGUUUUCUCCCUUCAAGACCCCAUCGAGUCCGCAGUAACACGAACGUCAGCAAACAUCACAAAUGGUGCAUCACAAAUCACCGACUUCAAGGAGUUCAUAGACUACCACCGCGAGCUGUACGUGGACAAGACUCUCUUCCUGCCUGACUUCAUAUUUCGCGAAGAAAAAUACAUGGGUCCGAUAAUAUUCGUCACAAAACCGCCGGGGUUCGGAAAAUCCCUCUUGGCGUCAACUGUCGAUUACUUUUUCAACUCCAAGUAUGACGUCAGCCAGACGAGACGUAUCUUCGCGGGCUUUCACGUCAUGAUCGACACCCCGGAGGUGAAGAAGUUCAGGAAGGACUACAUGAACCGCUUUCCGGUUAUCAAAAUCAGUUUUGCCUCUUUCCAAGCCACUGAUUAUGAUGGUGCGCUCGAAGAGGUUGAACGAAUCUUUAGAGAGGUCAUCGAGGACCACGCCGAUGUCGCAGCCCAAGUCAAGGACCCGACUCUGGACCGCAUCUCCAACGGGACCGCCGACAAAGAGUGCCUCUACGAGUUCGUCCAACUCCUCUGCGGCUACGUCACCGACCACCACACCGAGGACCCCAUCCUCAUCGUCGACGCCUACGACACCCCCCUCUACUCCACCUACGCCGCCAAAUACUUUCACAAGAUGGCCAAUCUAAUGUCUUACUUCUUCGAGGGCAUCUUCAACGACGGGUUCCAUCGGUUCAGGAAGGCACUCAUCACUGGUGUCGCCACGGCGAAACUGGAGAGGGUGCGGAUCAGGAAGGAGGUCACCAGGGCCAAGGUCGAUGAUCAUGACCCUUUGGCGGAGUACUUCGGGUUUAGUAAGGAAGAGGUCAUCACGCUGAUGGCGAGGAAUGGGCGGCAUCGUGGGAACCAGGGCACCUACCGCACUCUGGUGAGGAGUUUUGGCGGCUAUGGCUUUCGCGAUUUCAAUGUGACUAUGUUCAAUCCCAGCGGUGUGGUCAGGUAUUUUGACAAGGGCACUCUAGACGGCGGCGUGGAUACAGCAACAACGACGAUCCUAAAAGACCUACUGACGCCCAAAAAAUACGGACUCUACCCCGUCCUAGCCGUCCAGAAACUCCUCGCGUACGAGGAAGUUCUGGAAGGCAUCCCUGCAAUGCUGCUAUACCCCGACAUCCGCGAAAGUUCAACCCAGUACUGGACCUUCCUGUUAAACUUCGGUCUUGCAACCGUCGACUUGCAAGCACGCUCUCAUCCGGAGAAAAUCACGCUGAAACUGCCAAACUUAACCGUCCGAACGCUACUGACGCGCACUCUGGCGGAGAUUCCAGAAAUUCCCGAUUACAACAAUCUAACCGAGAGUUUGGUCCAAGGAGACUACGAAACGGUGCAAAUCGCGUUCAAGACAUACUUAGAACAAGCUGGUUACUACGUGAUGAGGGAGGACAAGUACAGCGAGAGGUUUGUGCGUUUCAAACGUCUGCGGCUCUCGGACUACGUGAUAGAACUUUUGGGAAAGUUGAAGUUGAGUUAUAACACAAAUGAAGUGACUGUUCAUAAUCCAGGGGUGGACUAUAUCGAACUGGUGCCCAAUGCCAACGUUCGCGGUGAAAGGUAUAAAUAUACAAUUAGGGUCAGGAUUGAAAAGACUAAGAUGCUUAGAGCGGCGUGGAAUAGAAUGAGAAAUAAGAUUUGUACUAUGGUGAGGACGAUACAGAAAAAUGAGACGGAGAUAUUUGUUCAGUAUGGGAAAUCUUUCGUCGACGUUUGUUUGAGGCGCUAUCUACCGGAGAUGAAGGUAACGACUCGGAGGUAUGUGCAAGCUGAUUGGGAAUGAGCCAUCGCAAACUAAAUGGACAACAUUUGGACGUAUUUCCGCCGAACGGAACUAUGUGCACAUAGAAAACUUAGAGUCGUAAUGUAAAUGGGAGAGCUGGCGCUAUGUUCUGCUCGACGAGUUCCUAGCCCGGUGUGCGUCGAGCUCGGGUCACUUUUCCGAUACAUAUUCAAUCCAAAAUGGCGGUGUGGAAUACGUGGUAAUUCCUAUCUUUUUUGUUUACAUCGGAUGGCCGGGUACCCGUGUAUCGCAAACAAUCAAUCAUGUAUCGAAAAAGUGACCCGACGUCAAACAGGAGUCUCGUAGUUCGGGACCUGGAAAAUGCUUAAAAAUGGCGUCAGCUCUCCCACAUUACAUUUCGACUCUAUGUAUGUGCAUUAAGACAUGAGCCCUGAAGCCUAUAAGAAUAUAAGCAUAAUAGGGCUCACGUCAUAAUGCACAUAGUUCCGUUUGGCAGAAAUACGUCCAUUUUGCAAUGAGGAACUACAACUUCUGGCCUGGCUCAUUUUGAGGACAGAAUGUUGUCACCUCCCGGCCAAAGCAUCACAAACGUCAUUCGACAUUUCAAAAUUUUCGCCACCAUUUUAUUAUUUUACAGAGAAUUGUUGGUUG